CAGCCAUUUUUUUCUGUCUUCUUCCCAGAAUAUUUUUUCAUGUAGGCUAAAAGCUGGCCGGGGCUGCAAUUUCGGAAUCUGCCCUUGUAUAUGGCGGACGAAAAUUUCCACAGGAGGAACCGCAACACAAACCCCCUGUGCGAGGCAGAGACGGAGAGAAGCUCCCACGGACGGAGAAAAGCUCGCAAAAACCCCCCAUCCACAUCACGCCGCGGCCGUUACUAAAAUGUAAUGUAGCGGUGCUGCGGAAACAGACCUAUUGGGGAAAUUUAACAUUUGGAAUUUCUAAUAACUAAUUUACAAUUUUUGAGGAAGCAGUUGUGCAGUCACCUCUGGUCGGGGGAGGAAGAUUUGUGGAGCGGGAGCUGACUCGCAUGAGCUGCAUCGUUUUGGGAGGAGCACAGGCCUGGAGGAGGCAGAGUCAUGAGUGCGCAAGAGGCACCCAAUCCUGGGCAGGAGCAGGUGGACUCUGGAAGUGUGGCCACAGAUGGCCCCUCAUCCACCUUAGCCUCAACCGCCACGAGCACUAGCCCACCACCUGUCACAGUAAAGAAAGAACCUGGGACCUCGGGGACCAGUAAUGGGAAAGUUGCAGAUGCCAACCCUGCUGAGAUUUGCGUUGUUAUUGGAGGCAAUGAUGGAAGAGGAAGUGGAGGAGGAUCCCGUGGAUCUCAGACCCAGGGUAUGUUUGCCCUUGGUACACCUCCCCCAACGAAGAGCACAGACUCGUGCAUAGGUUCCUACGUCUGUGGGGUAUGUGGGAAGAAGUACAAAUACUAUAACUGCUUUCAGACACAUGUCAGGGCACACAGAGAAUCAGAAAGCAUGGUUGGAGAUGGUGCACCUCAGCCUCCCAACAGUAGCUUCCGUUACUCCUGUGACAUCUGUGGCAAGAAGUAUAAGUACUACAGCUGUUUUCAGGAGCACCGUGACCUGCAUGCCGUUGAUGAUCCAUAUGAACAGGUAGUGUUACCUGUGGAUGACCUGAAAGAGGAGGAGCCAGUUGAACCCUAUCAGAAAAUUGGACCAAAAACUGGGAGCUAUGUGUGUGAGUUCUGUGGGAAACAGUACAAGUAUUUCAAUCCAUACCAGGAACAUGUUGCCCUUCACACACCAAUGGGUCGCACCUUUGAUUUGAAGUCACCACGGAUACAGCAGCGUGGGAGCAUAGACAUCAGUAAAUAUGGUCACAGUCAAACUGGUACAGAGAAAAACAGUCCUUUCAGUCGGAAAAUGGAGAGUGCGAUGCAGUCUAGCCUGGUUGACACAAACAGCUCGCAGAAUUCAAGUGGAACUCCAAGCCCUCUGGUGGCCAGCUCCUUCUCUACAUCACAGAAACCCUACACGUGUGGCGCCUGUGGCAUCCAGUUCCAGUUCUACAACAAUCUGCUGGAGCACAUGCAGUCCCACGCUGCGGACAAUGAGAACCACACGAAGGGGGAUUCUCCAAAACCUUCCCCAGCCUCUGGUUCUCAGGAGCAGCUAUGGAGAGGCUCCCAGCCCCAGGCUCAAGCUCAUUCCUCAGUUCAGCUACAAGUCCAGCCUCAUGGUCACCCUCAGAGAAACCACACCCUUAGCCAGAAUAAUGGACUACCUGAGAAGGAGCGGCAACAGGUGGCUGAGCGCCUCCUGCGGGUAAUGUGUUCAGAUCUGAGCAUGCUCAAUGUGCUCAACAGUAAGGACUUCCUCAAGCUGGCGCAAACUCUGGUUGAUACGGGGGCUCGUCACGGUGCCUAUUCCACCCGUGAUGCCCUUGGCAACAUGAGUGCCUUGGCCCUGCGGCAGCUGCCUCGCAUGUACAACCAGGUCAAGGUCAAGGUCACUUGUGCCCUAGGGUCCAAUGCCUCACUUGGCAUUGCUGUCACCUGCCACUCCCAGACAUCGGGUCCAGAUGCGUGUUAUGUGCUGACAGCCUACCAGGUGGAGGGAUCAAGACUGAAGCGCUAUGUGCUAGGUGUCAGGGAGGCUGAGCUAAGAGAAGGACCAGAGCAGGUGCACCACUGGGUGCAGAAUGUGCUGUCUGAGUUUGUGAUGUCAGAUAUCCGUACAGUGUAUGUGUCAGAGCCCAGGGUGUGGGCAGCAGGACUUGGGGGAUUACCACUGGGAGGGGGUGGGCGUGGGAGGAUAUGUUUGCGGUGUGCAGGGUGUUCCCUUGGUGCAGUCGUCCAGGCUGUCCUUGGGAAACGCAGCCUCCAGGCACGGGGCCUCCAUGAGUUGGCAGAGCUUCUGUCAACAUGCCGAGAUAUUGCCUCCUCCACCAGCCUGGCCCUUCGUGAGGAACCCUCUACCAACACAUCCACAAACACAGCAGAGGAGGGUACACCAGGCACUGCUGCCCAGUGCCCCACACCUCCAUGCUGGGAUCGUAUGGCUGAAGCCCUUCUACAGGUACACGCUCACUUUGAACAGAUUUGUGAGGCUUAUGGACGCAGUAAGGCCACAGCUCCCCUACUCCAAGGUCUUAAUAAGCACCUUCUCGGGACACUGGCAUGUCUGCUGGCACCUCUACGCUUGGCAGCUCUGGAGCUAAGCAGCCAGAGAAGGCCAACUCUUCAGCAGGUGCUGCCAGUCUACCUGCGUCUGGAGAAGCUCUUCACAUCCAAAGCUGGGGAGGCUGGAACUGGUACUGCCAGCAAACUCUGCCAUUACUUUCUGGAAGCACUCAAGGAAAACUUCAAGGUGGAGCGAGCCCACCAAGUGGCCAUGGUCCUGGACCCCCAGCUAAAGCUGCGCUCAGUGCCAGCCUACCAGCAUGAGGACAUCAUCACCCGUGCAUGUGAAAUGGCCACUGAAACUCGGGAUGGAGGUAUGAGCGCUGGCGGAGGAUCAGGAAGUGAAGAACGGGAUGCUGAUGGCCCUCCGACCCCUAAAAGAAGCCGCAUGGAUGGGGGUGGAAACAAUGGUGGAAACUCCAGGGGAAACACGUCAUCUUGCACAGUAUCUGGCAAUGAUGAGAGUCAGAGCCAAGUUAGACAAGAGAUUUUUCAGUACCUGGCUGAGCCUGUUCUCCAGGGGACACCUGACCUCUUCCAGUACUGGAGCUCAGCUGUUGGUGACAAGUUCCCGCGACUAGCACGCCUGGCACUGUGGCUACUCGCAGUGCCUGCUGUGGGCGUACGCAGUGAAUGCAUGACUGUGUGUGAGCAGAGCUUGGCUAUGAAGAGGAGACAGCAGGUAACUGCCGAGGAGAUGAACAAACUUAUUUUCCUUCGAUCCAAUAUGGGCUAGAAGAGAAAGACCCAGCCAAUCCUAACCAAACAUUCACCUCCAACCAAUGACUCAAGACUAUUUAUAUUUAUAUAGGUUUUAGACCAACUGUAAACAUAAAUACAUAUGGACAUUAAGUAAUUCUUGAGACAAAUAUUUACAGGAAAAUGCAAAUUGUAGAGGUUGCAAACAUCCAUAAAACAAUAAGGCUAGUUAAAUACUGUAUGUGGGGAGGGAUAGUAAUUAAGUACUGCAGACCGGAUUUAGGGGUGGAACGAAAUUGUCCUGUUUGGUACGCCACGCUCGGUUUGGAAUGUGAGCAGGAUGUCUUUCAGUCUGAUUAUGGCCAGUGAUAUGAAUAUCUCCAGGAUAAUAACUGAGCUGCUCGCAGGGCAUAUGUUAUGACUUUGAUACCAUGGCAGCAUGGGCAUGUAAAGUCACAUGUCACUGCUUGAAUUUACUGCCAUACAACAUUUAGUUAUUUUUUUUUAUUAUUAUUUUAUUUUACUAUCAAUACUAUAAUUAUUUUUUUAAAUGUUCUAUAAAAAUUCUACCAGAUAUAUUUGGCCCUGAGGGACUUGGCAGGAAAUCAUACAUCUGGUAGAGAUAUAUUUUUUACUGGUGUGUGGCAGCAAAUUCUUGCAGUGCCAUACACUGCCAUACACCACUGAAAAUUAGAACUGAACAAAAUAUGUGAUAAUUGGUCAUAAGGAGUAAGCAGAUAGCGGGACAAAAUAAGUGCAACGAAUUUGGUGCUAUAGUACAUUUAUUUGUUUCAAAAUAUAGAUUCUAUUCAUGUACAUACACACUGACACAUCUUAAAUUUAAUCACAACCCAGCAAAAAGCGGGAGGUCAAAGCUGGGCUUGACAAUAAACUGUCACAAAAGUAGCCUAAUAGCCUAGGUUGAAAAUAUUUCAGGAAACAUUAAAUUAGGCUACAUUUAGGUACAACACAUACUUUAAAUUUAGUGAACACACCUCCAGGGACCAUCCACUUGUGAAGCUGGCAUCAGAGGUGCAUGCAGAG